AUGCCGACAAGUGUUCAAACAUUGGCCACCUAUAUUCCUCGAGCGAUUUUAUCAUUCGAUGAGAAUACGAUCAAUGAAGCACCUCGAACAGUAAAAGAUAUAACAACUGAUGUCCAACAGCUUGUGAAUGUUACUUCUAAUUUUGCUAGGGCUGGACUAUCCACAACGGCUAAAACGCUCAUUGUUACUGGGGUUGUGAUUGGAGCUGCGAUUGUAAUUGCUGCUGGCGUAACAUUAGGUAUCAUACUGAGUGCCACUACAACAACUACAACAACUGCUAUGGCUGCGCCCUCAAAUCUCUUUAGUUAUCGAGCCAAUACUGGUCAAAGUUACGUUUUUGUUUUGACGGGAUCUCGCAGUGGUAGUAUAUGGGGUACAAAUAUAUAUACGGAUGAUUCGAAUCUUGCCACAGCUGCUGUACAUUCAGGUUUUGUUCAGUACAAUCAAACAAGUGUAGUCACCGUCAGAAUAUUAGCUGCUCAAAGUAGUUAUACCAGUACUACUCAAAAUGGUGUGACUUCUUUUGCAUAUGGUUAUUGGGGUGGCAGUUACUCUUUCAUUAGUGCUACUGGAUGA